GAAAUCUCCACACAGAUGUCAACAUUAUUAGGCCCCUACAAAGUUGCACAGGUCACUUGUAGAUUUGUUCAAGAGGCUCUGAGUGAUAAAAGUCAAUUUCCCUUUUUUUACCGAAUGGCCCCCAAAAAUGAUAUCCAGUACCCAGCAAUUGUCCAACUGCUUCUCCAUUUCAAAUGGAACUUGAUUGGACUCUUUGCUUCAGACACAGAGAAUGGAGAACAGUUCAUGAGGACUUUUACUCCUUUGCUUGUCAGGAAUGGAAAUUGUGUUGUUAUAUCACAAAGAUUCUCGAUGUCUGGACCUACAGAACCCUUCAAGGAUGCCCUCUCUAAGUGGAGACAAGUCAAUGUCUUUGUUUUCUUUACAGACUAUAGUACCAUGUUGGAUGGAAUUAGCCACAUCCAUUUCAUACUUGAAGGCUUGCCGGGACCCAUUGAAGGGAAAGUCUGGAUCAUCACACUCUUUGGGGAAUUGCCAAUGAAACAUCACAGAUUUUACAGAUAUGUCCAUAGUAUUUGGAACUUUUAUAUUCAGACCAGAGGGUUUGACAAAACCUUUCAACCAUUUAUGUUUGUGGAUCCCCAGUUUGAAGGUCACUCUUUUCACUGCUCUUUUUCAAGACACGCCUUUUCUGUGAAAGGCCGGAACAGAUGUACCCAAAAAAUGCCACUGGAAAUCCAAGGCAAAAGAAGAAGAAUAUAUAUUGACCCCCGUGCUUACAGUGUCAUUAAGACUCUGGCCCUUGCCUUGAGGGCUGCAUAUUCCUCCAAAUCCAGAAGGAUAAAAAAGAAAGCUGUAGAGAGUCUGUGGGCUUCAGGUCUGCAGCCAUGGCAGGUAUGGGAUCCUGACAGGGAUAUACAUUAA